GCCCACUUCCGGGGCGGGUCUGCAGGACCCGGAAGUCGUUGGGAACUCGGCCGAGAAGUCGGCUUCUAAAUCGUUUGCUGUCGUUUUUCCUCACUCGCUGGUCCUGGCACUGCUACCGCUCCCGCCGCCAUGGGGAAACGGCAGCAUCAGAAGGACAAGAUGUACAUUACCUGUGCUGAAUACACCCACUUCUAUGGUGGCAAGAAACCAGACAUCCCACAAGCAAAUUUUCGUCGCUUACCUUUUGAUCACUGCAGUCUCUCUCUGCAGCCCUUCGUCUACCCAGUCUGCACCCCCGAAGGAGUCGUCUUUGACUUGCUUAACAUCGUCCCUUGGCUUAAGAAGUAUGGGACCAACCCCAGCAAUGGAGAGAAGCUGGAUGGGAGGUCCCUGAUCAAGCUGAACUUUGCAAAGAACAACGAAGGAAAGUACCACUGCCCAGUGCUAUUCACCGUGUUCACCAACAACACCCACAUCGUAGCUGUCAAGACCACGGGCAAUGUCUAUACCUAUGAGGCAGUGGAGCAACUAAAUAUCAAGGCCAAGAACUUCCGAGACCUGCUGACAGACGAGCCCUUCUCUCGGCAGGACAUCAUCACCCUCCAGGACCCCACCAAUUUGGACAAAUUCAAUGUCUCCAACUUCUUUCAUGUGAAGAAUAACAUAAAAAUAACAGAUCCUGAUGAAGAAAAGGCCAAACAGGACCCAUCUUAUUAUUUGAAAAAUACAAACGCCGAGACCCGAGAGACGCUGCAGGAGCUCUACAAAGAGUUCAAAGGGGACGAGGUUCUGGCUGCCACCAUGAAAGUCCCAGAGAAAAAGAAAGUGGACAAGCUGAAUGCUGCGCACUAUUCCACCGGCAAGGUCAGCGCCUCCUUCACCUCCACUGCCAUGGUUCCAGAGACUACGCACGAAGCAGCUGCCAUCGAUGAGGAUGUGCUGCGCUACCAGUUUGUGAAGAAGAAGGGCUAUGUGCGGCUGCACACCAACAAGGGCGACCUCAACCUGGAGCUGCACUGUGACAUGACACCAAAAACCUGUGAAAACUUCAUCAAACUCUGCAAGAAGCAGUAUUACGAUGGCACCAUCUUCCACAGAUCCAUCAGGAACUUUGUGAUCCAGGGGGGAGACCCCACUGGCACAGGCACAGGUGGGGAGUCGUACUGGGGAAAGCCCUUCAAAGAUGAAUUCCGGCCCAACCUCUCGCACACGGGCCGGGGUAUCCUCAGCAUGGCCAACUCAGGGCCCAACACCAACAAGUCUCAAUUCUUUAUCACCUUCCGCUCCUGUGCAUACCUUGACAAGAAGCACACUAUCUUCGGGCGGGUUGUUGGGGGCUUUGACACACUGACAGCCAUGGAGAACGUGGAGAGUGACCCCAAAACUGACCGCCCUAAGGAGGAGAUCCGCAUUGACUCCACCACGGUGUUUGUGGACCCCUACGAGGAGGCUGACACUCAGAUUGCUGAGGAGCGGAAGAAGACGCAACUCGAGGAGGUGGCCCCAGAAAGCACAGUGAAAACAAGCCAGCCCAAGCCGGGGAGCCAGGGCCCCCAGACGUACCGCCAGGGGGUGGGCAAGUACAUCAACCCGGCAGCCACGAAACGUGUAGCAGAGGAAGAGCCCUCAACCAGUGCAGUUGUCCCUGUAGCCAAGAAAAAACCCAGCCGAGGUUUUGGGGACUUCAGCUCAUGGUAGCAGCAGCCUGUGCCAGCCUGGUUUCCAUGCUUCUGACCUUGACACGGCUACCUCGGCCUUCCCAAAGUGCCUCUGCAGAAGGGUGGGGACAGCUGCCGCCUCCCACUGUCUCCUUUGGCCCCAAGGCUGUCCACUCCUCACACCCACUCCUAAGGCCUAUGGUAUAAAGGUCAGCACAGGCCACCACUCUUUCCAGCUUGUCCUUGGUUCUUCCCCUCACCCAAACUUCAAAUUCCAGAACAUGCUGGGGGGCUCUUCUUUUUCCAUCUCUGAUGCUGAACCCCAGGUCUAAGCCCCUUAUCUCUCACCUGCAUCUGUUCAAGCCUCUUGUGCAUAUCCACACAGGUCAUAUCUGUGUCACCCGCCUACAGCUCAUCAGCCUGUGGUCAUCCUGCUUCAGGCCUGCCACCAGCUUUCCUCUGUGCUGAGAACAAGGCUGAGCCCCACAGGCACCCUGUGCCUCUGCAAUCCCUUGCCUGUGACCAUAGCUGUAACCAGGGACCUGGGCUCUAGGGAGUGACCUCUCAGCCUCUGCCUUUGGCCCUCAUCCUUCUUCAUGACCUCCUCACCACUACCCUCCCAAUUAGUGAAGGGCUUACACUCCAGUGUUUGUGCCUGAAAUGUAUCCCAAGAGUCUGGUUCACCCAGGAGGAGAGGGCUGGAUGCAGUGACAGCCAUGUCACUAGUUGCUCGUGGACUCCGGGUACGUGGGGGUGAAGAGGGAGUCCCAGAGGGCUCCUAACCCCCCAGCGUUCAGGAGGGGUGAGCUCAAGUUAGGCGUUCUCGGGCUACGUGCACAAGCCCAACUGGUAGGAGCCCGGUGACACAGAGCUCUAGGAGACAGUGGGCCGCAUGGCCCCACAUGGGACCGGAGCCGCAGCAGGGAAAGCUCUGUUGCCUUAUGCCUGGACUCACUGAGGCCCGCCCAGCAAGGACCAUGGGUAGUCACAGCCAC